AGAGCGUUAGCAGUUUUUGCCGCUCCGGAGCAAUGACCGGGGCAGCUUUGCCUCCUCUUUUGGCCCUCACCGCGUUUUUACUGACCCGGUGCAGCACUCAAGUUCUGCAGCAGCAGCAGCAGCAGCAGCAAUUGGCAGCGCCGCAGCAACGAGGUUUGUUUCCAGCAGUGCUAAACUUGGCUUCUAAUGCACUCAUCACAACAAAUGCUACCUGUGGUCAAAGAGGUCCUGAAAUGUACUGCAAGUUGGUGGAACAUGUACCUGGACAACCUGUGAAAAACCCCCAGUGUCGGAUUUGUGACCUGCACAGUAGGAUUCCAAACUUGCGGCACCCAAUCACAAAUGCAAUUGAUGGCAAGAAUACCUGGUGGCAAAGUCCUAGCAUUCAAAAUGGGAUGGAAUAUCAUUAUGUGACCAUCACACUGGAUCUGCGACAGGUGUUCCAGAUUGCCUAUGUCAUUAUAAAAUCAGCUAAUUCACCAAGACCUGGAAACUGGAUUUUGGAGCGUUCAUUGGAUGGUGUCAACUAUCAGCCCUGGCAAUACCAUGCUAUCACAGACACAGAAUGUCUUACUCGUUACAACAUUCCUCCUCGUACUGGACCUCCAUCAUAUGCAAAAGAUGAUGAAGUUAUAUGCACCUCAUAUUAUUCCAAGAUCCAGCCACUGGAGAAUGGUGAGAUUCACACGUCUUUGAUCAAUGGACGGCCAAGUGCAGAUGACCCUUCUCCAGCACUGUUAGAAUUUACCUCUGCUCACUAUAUUCGUAUGAGAUUUCAGAGGAUAAGGACGCUGAAUGCUGAUUUAAUGAUGCUUGCAUACAGAGAUCCCAAAGAAAUCGACCCAAUAGUUACAAGGAGGUAUUAUUAUUCUAUUAAAGAUAUCUCCGUUGGUGGAAUGUGCAUCUGUUAUGGCCAUGCAAGGGCAUGCCCACUGAAUCCAGCUACUAAUAGAUCAUCAUGUGCAUGUGAACACAACACAUGUGGAGAAAGCUGUGAUCGGUGCUGCCCUGGAUUUAAUCAGAAGCCUUGGCGAGCUGGGACCUUCCUUGUGAAGCAUGAGUGUGAAGCAUGCAAUUGCCAUGGGAAGGCUGAAGAAUGCUACUAUGAUCAGACUGUGGCAGACAAAAAACAGAGUCUGAAUAUCCAUGGGGAAUACAUUGGAGGUGGAGUGUGCAUUAACUGCACACAAAACACUGCAGGCAUCAAUUGUGAAACCUGCAUUGAUGGGUACUUCAGGCCCAAAGGGGUUCUGCCUCAUGACCGUAACCCAUGCCAACAGUGUCAUUGUGAUUUCAUUGGCUGUUUAAAUGGCACUUGUGUGAAGGAUGAGAAAGAGGCUACAGGAGACCUGCUUCCGGGAUUCUGCCAUUGUAAACCUGGCUAUGCAGGACAGAGGUGUGACAGAUGCUCAUUAGGUUACAAGGGCUUCCCUCACUGUGCGCCCUGCAACUGUUCUCUGAAAGGCAGUUUAAAUGAUGACCCUUGCCUAGGACCCUGCAUCUGCAAGGAUCAUGUUGAAGGAGAGAACUGCGAUCGUUGUAAACCAGGCUUCUUUAACCUGCAGCAAGACAACCCCAGGGGCUGUGAAGAAUGUUUCUGCUCGGGAGUAAUGAAGGACUGUGUAGGCUCUCACUGGACCUACAACACUAUUGGAAGCAUGACCGGCUGGUACCUGACAGAUGUACCUGGUCUCGCUCGAGUUACUCCUCAGCAGGACAGCUUUGAUGGACCCCAGCAGCUUAGCAUCAACAACGUGGCUGCGAGAAGUGCAUUGCCGCCGAUUUAUUAUUGGAGUGCACCCAGUCCUUACUUGGGUGACAAAAUAACAGCUGCUGGAGGCCUUCUGAAAUUUACCAUCUCAUAUGAUCUAACUGGGGAAGAAGAUGCUGCUGAAGCGAUGCUUCAGUCUGAUGUCAUCAUAGAGGGAAGUGGAUUGAGAAUCAGUACAUCACAAGAGGGAAUUCAUCUGAACCCAUUUGAAGAACACACUGAAGAAGUCUUGCUAAAGCAUGAUUUAUUUAUGCUGCAUGGUACUGACUUGCCAGUCAGCAAAAGGGAAUUCAUGACGGUGCUGGCAAAUAUAAAGAGACUCCUUAUAAGAGCCACGUUGAGUGGUGUCAGCCUGGAAGCUGCUGAUCGCUUUUCAACUGGGCAAAAAUAUGCAUCUGCGGUAGAAGUUUGCCAGUGUCCUCCAGGUUAUUCUGGUACUUCUUGUGAAUCUUGUUGGCCAAGGCAUAGGAGAGUUAACGGAACUAUUGUUGGUGGAAUCUGUAGACCAUGCACAUGCUUUGGACAUGCGGAAUCCUGCGAUGAUAUCACGGGACAAUGCCUGGACUGCCAGCACAACACAGGUGGCCCAUAUUGUGAUAGAUGUCUUCCUGGUUUCUAUGGAGAUGCUACUACAGGGAAACCUGAUGAUUGUCAACUUUGUGCUUGUCCACUGAGUAUACCUUCAAACAAUUUUAGCCCAACGUGCCAUUUGGAAAGAAGUCGUGGAUUAAUAUGUGAUGAAUGCCCCGUUGGGUAUUCUGGUUCACGCUGUGAAAGGUGUGCAGAAGGCUAUUUUGGACAACCUUUAAUACCAGGGUCAUCGUGCCAGCCCUGCCAAUGCAAUGACAACCUCGACUUCUCCAUUCCUGGCAGCUGUGACAGCUUGUCUGGAGCUUGUCUGAUAUGUAAGCCAGGUACAACAGGCCAAUACUGUGAGAAGUGCACGGAUGGGUAUUUCGGAGAUGCUCUCGAUGCAAAGAACUGUCAACCUUGCCGCUGUAAUAUCAAUGGCUCAUUCUCAGAAAUCUGCAAUAUGCAGACUGGACAGUGUGAUUGCAAGCCCAACAUUGUAGGGCGUCGAUGUGAUGCGUGUAAGCCUGGAACCUUUGGCGUACAGUCAUCCAGAGGCUGUGUUCCAUGCAACUGUAAUUCAUUUGGAUCUAAAUCCUUUGACUGUGAUGAAACUGGACAGUGCCAUUGCCAACCAGGUGUUGCCGGAAAGAAGUGUGAUCGCUGUGCUCAUGGAUUUUAUGGCUUUGAUGAAGGAGGAUGCACCCCUUGUGAGUGUGCCCAUCUUGGGAAUAAUUGUGAUCCACACACCGGUCGUUGCAUCUGCCCUCCCAAUACUGUCGGAGAGAGGUGUGAUAAAUGUGCAUCAAACUCCUGGGGUCAUGACAUUGUCAGUGGGUGCAAGGCCUGUGAUUGCAGUGUGGCUGGAUCCCUCAGUUUACAGUGUAACCCUGAUACUGGCUGCUGUUUCUGCCGCCCAGAGUUCUCUGGGGAUAAAUGCACUGAAUGCAGGUUGGGAUAUCGAAACUACCCACAAUGCAUUGCCUGUGAAUGCCUGACAGCAGGGACUGAGCAGCAUACUUGCGAUUCAGAAAUGGAAAAAUGCUCAUGUGCUGAUCACACAGGACAAUGCACUUGUAAGGUUAACGUGGAGGGUGUCUACUGUGACAGGUGCAAAUCGGGCAAGUUUGGACUCUAUGCCAGGAAUCCACUCGGCUGCAGCAGCUGCUACUGCUUUGGUGUGACAUCCCAGUGCAGCGAGGCACAGGGGCUGGUCCGCAUGUGGUUGACCCUGAAGCCGGAUCAGGUAAUUCUUCCUCUGGUCGAUGAAAAUGCCCAGCACCAAACUAUACAAGGGAUUGAAUACCAACAUCCAGAGACUGUUGCAGAUGUUGAACUGGUGAUGAAGGAGCUACGCUCAGAACCAUUUUAUUGGAGACUUCCAAAACAGUUUGAAGGACGGAAGCUGACUGCCUAUGGGGGUAGGCUGAAAUAUGCUAUCUACUUUGAAGCACGAGAAGAAACUGGCUUUGCAACCUAUAACCCCCAGGUCAUAAUCAGAGGUGGGCUUCCCACACACACACGAAUAAUCGUCAGGCAUGUAGCUGCUCCUUUGAUUGGUCAGUUGACAAGGCAUGAUAUUGAAAUAACAGAGCAUGAAUGGAAAUAUUAUGGAGAUGACCCCAGGGUCACUAGAACUGUGACCCGUGAGGACUUCAUGGAUGUCCUGUACAAUGUUCAUUAUAUAAUUAUUAAGGCUAGUCAUGGGAGCUUCAUGAGGAAAAGCAGAAUAUCUGAGAUCUCUAUGGAGUUUGCAGAGGAAGGAAACAUAUCAGGAAGGACUCCUCGUGCUCAAUUAAUUGAGAAAUGCGACUGCCCUUUGGGUUAUACUGGUUUGUCAUGUGAGGCAUGCUCCCCAGGUUUUUACAGACUCGCUUCCACUUCAGCUGGCAGAAGACCAGGUCCUGCUUUGGGAGCCUGUGUGCCAUGUCAGUGUCAUGGGCAUAGUGACAUGUGUGAUCCUGAAACCUCCGUAUGUCAGAACUGCCUUCGUAACACCAGCGGUGACCACUGUGAAAGGUGUGCUGUUGGGUUCUACGGGGCUGUUAGAGGCACUCCUGAUGACUGCCGGCCUUGUGCAUGUCCUUUAUCUAUUUCCAGCAACAAUUUUAGUCCCUCAUGUGUCUUAGAAGGAGUCAAUGAUUACCGAUGUACUGCUUGUCCAGUCGGAUAUGAAGGACAGUACUGUGAAAGGUGUUCCUCUGGUUAUACGGGGAAUCCAAGAAUUCCAGGUGGAUCUUGUCAAGAAUGUGAGUGUAAUCCAUAUGGUUCAUUGCCUGUUCCCUGUGAUCCUGUCACUGGACAGUGCAUGUGCAGACCUGGAUCUACUGGAUGGAAGUGUGCUGGCUGUGAACCCUGGCAUGCUCGUGAAGGCAUAGCAUGCGUGUCUUGUGAUGAUGAGUGUACUGGGGUCCUUCUCCGUGACUUGGAUCAGCUACACCAGAUGGUUUUGAGUGUCAAUCUCAGUGGCCCGCUUCAACCCCCAUAUAAAAUGCUAUAUUCUUUUGAGAAUACAACCCAGGAAUUAAAGCAUUUAUUGUCACCACAACGAGCACCAGAGAGACUCCUCCAGUUGGCACAGAAGAACUUGGAUACCCUUGUGACAGAAAUGGAUGAGCUUUUGACUAGGGCGACCAAGGUGACAGCGGAUGGAGAGCAAACCGGACAGGAUGCCGAGAGGACUAAUGAGAGAGCAAAGAGGCUUGGACAGUUCAUCAAGGGCACCCUUCAGGCUGCAGAAGCUGCAAAUGAAACUGCUUUAAAAGUGAAUGAGACACUUGGAACCCCUGACAAGCCCUUGGAGAAAAGUCUUCAGGAAUUACAGCGGGAUGUUGACAAAAUGAUGGCAGAGCUCAGAAGAAGAAAACUGCAAGUGCAAGAGGAAGCUGCCCAAGAUGAAUUAGAAGAAGCAGAAGCCCUCUUGAAGAGAGUGAGUAAAUUGUUUGGAGAGCCUAGGAAGAAAACAGAAGAACUCAAGAAUGAAGUCAGAGACAAGCUGGCAGACUACCAAGACAAAGCUGAAGAUGCUCUGGACCUGCUGAGGGAAGCAACCAAUAAAAUUAGAGAAGCAGACAGAUUGUCUGCAAUCAACCAAAGAAAUAUGACAGCAGUAGAUAAAAAGAAGCAAGCUGUAGAAGAUGGAAGACAGGAGGCUGAAAAUACUAUAAAAGAAGCAAAUGAUAUCCUUAAUGAGGCUAAUGACCUUGUAAAUGGAAUCAAUUUAGCUGUAGAGUAUGUUGAUGAUGUUCGGGACAAAAUAGGUCCAUUGUCUGAUGAGCUAAAGGACAAAAUAGAUGAUCUGUCUCAAGAUAUCAAAGACAGGAGACUUCCAGAAAAAGUGCUGGAGGCAGAGAAUCAUGCAGCACAACUGAAUGAUUCAUCUGCAAUACUGGAUGGGAUCCUCGAUGAAGCGAAAAACCUCUCAUUCAAUGCCACAGUAGCUUUCAAGGCAUACAGCAACAUCAAGGACUAUAUUGAUGAAGCUGAUAGAAUUGCGAAAGGAGCUAAAGCCCGUGCCAAUGAAGCUAUACGACUGGCAACUGGUCCAGAAGGAUCAUUAAAGGAUGGUGCCAAAAGUGCUCUGCAAAAAAGCUUCAGGGUUCUUAAUGAUGCCAACAGGCAAGCGAAUGAAAUUAAAGAAAAUGCGGAUAAUCUAAAAGGUAUGCAGAAUAGGUUGAAAGAUGCUGAGGAAAAGAACUCUGAUCUCCUGAGAGCUUUGAAUGACACAUUGGGGAAACUGUCAGCAAUUCCUAAUGAUACGGCAGCCAAGGUGCAAGCAGUCAAAGACAAAGCCAAGCAAGCUAAUGACACUGCAAAUGAUGUAUUGGACAGGAUCAGAGAUCUCAACAAGAAUCUCCUUGGUGUAAAAGACAACUACAAAAAACUUGCCGAUGAUGUGACCAAAACAAAUGCUGCCGUGAAAGAUCCCUCCAAAAACAAAAUCAUUGCUGAUGCUGAUUACACUGUUAAAAAUCUGGAAAAGGAAGCAGAUCGGCUGAUGGAUAAACUCAAACCAAUCAAACAACUUCAGGAUAACUUGGGGAAAAACAUCUCUCAAAUCAAAGAACUGAUAAAUCAAGCGAGGAAACAAGCCAAUUCUAUUAAAGUUUCUGUGUCUUCUGGAGGCAACUGCAUUCGCACAUACAGGCCAGAGAUUAAAAAAGGAAGCUACAACACUGUCAUUCUCAACGUGAAGACAACAGUCGCGGACAACCUACUUUUUUAUCUUGGAAGUAACAGAUUUACUGACUUUUUGGCCAUAGAAAUGCGUAAAGGCAAAGUGGAUUUCUUAUGGGAUGUGGGAUCUGGAGUUGGGCGCAUUGAAUACCCAGAUUUGACAAUAGAUGAUGGAUUUUGGUACCGAAUUGAAGCAUCAAGGACUGGGCGAAAUGGAACAAUUUCAGUACGGGCACUGGAAGGUCCUAAAGCCAGCAUUGUACCCAGCACCUUCAGUGCAAUUUCGCCACCUGGUUACACCAUUCUGGAUGUGGAUGCAAAUGCUAUGUUGUUUGUUGGAGGUCUGACUGGAAAAAUAAAGAAAUCUGAUGCUGUGAGAGUCACUACUUUCACUGGAUGUAUGGGUGAGACUUAUUUAGACACCAAACCAAUAGGACUGUGGAAUUUCAGGGACAUUGAGGGAGAAUGUAAAGGAUGUGCUGUCAGUCCACAGGUGGCUGACAGUGAGGGAACUGUUCAAUUUGAUGGAGAGGGGUAUGCUAUGGUGAGCCGCCCAAUAAGAUGGAACCCAAAUAUCUCCAUGGUCAUGUUCAAGUUCAAGACGUUCUCUUCCACUGCUCUUCUGAUGUACCUUGCUACACAAGAUUUGAAAGAUUUCAUGAGCAUAGAGCUCAGUGAUGGGCGUAUUAAAGUCAGUUACGAUCUAGGUUCAGGAACAGCUUCAGUUAUCGGCAACCAGAACCACAAUGAUGGGAAAUGGAAAUCAUUCACCUUGUCAAGAAUUCUAAAACAAGCAAACAUAUCCAUUGUAGACAUAGACUCAAAUCAGGAAGAGAUCAUUUCAACAACUUCUACAGGGAAACACUUUGGCCUCAACUUGAAAUCCAAUGAGCCAAUAUAUUUUGGUGGAUUGCCAACACUGAGAAAUCUAAGUAUGAAAUCAAGGCCUGAAGUAAAUUUAAAGAAAUACGCGGGCUGCCUCAAAGAUAUUGAGAUUUCCCGAACACCAUACAAUCUUCUAAGCAGUCCUGAUUAUGUCGGCAUUACCAAAGGGUGUACACUGGAGAAUGUCUACACAGUGAGCUUCCCUAAACCGGGCUUUGUGGAGCUGCCACCUAUUUCGUUUGAUGUGGGAACAGAAAUCAACUUGUCUUUCAGCACUAGGAACGAAUCUGGCAUCAUACUCUUUGGUACAAAUGGGGCCCCUGUAACCCCAAGAAGGAAACGCAGGCAGACUGGGCAGAUCUAUUAUGCAGUGUUUCUAAACAGAGGUCGAUUAGAAGUGCACAUUUCUACAGGGACAAAGGACCCUCGUAGGUUAACCAUCAAGCCUGAAUCUGGCGAGUUUCAUGAUGGCCGAGAACAUUCCAUCCGGAUAGAAAGACUUGGAGGACUGUUUGCUAUACAAGUAGAUGAAGACAGAAGCCAGUUUCAGAGACUCCAAACAGACCAACCUAUUUCCGUUAAGAAGCUUUUUGUGGGAGGGACACCACCUGAGUUUCACACAGCCCCUAUCAGGAACAUUCCUCCUUUUGAAGGCUGUAUAUGGAAUCUUGUCAUCAAUGCCGUGCCAAUGGACUUCGCCCAGCCAGUGUCAUUUGAAAAUGCAGAUAUUGGCCAGUGUCCUGAUCUGGGACCACUGCCAGAAAAAGAGGAAGAUAAAAUUUCCCGCACAACAGACUUGGUCCAUCCAGAACCAGAUGCUAAGGAGAAGAAAGAAAUUGCAACUCCUCCUCCUCUACCACCCUUACCACCCUCACAUGAUUUGCUUGCUGCUGAAGUGAAGAGCGCCGGUAUUUCAGCUGCCUUUGAUGCCCUGACGGAAUUUUGUGCUGCUGAUACGGAGCCAAUUGCCUUAGAGGAUGGCAAGCAGUUUGGUCUCUCAAGGAACAGCCACAUUGCCAUUGCAUUUGAUGACACCAAAGUAAAGAAUCGACUCACAAUUGAAUUUGAGAUCAGAACGAAGGCUGAAUCUGGCUUGGUUUUUUACAUGGCCCGGAUCAACCAUGCUGAUUUUGCAACUGUUCAGAUACAGAAUGGUUUUCCAUACUUCAAAUAUGACUUGGGAAGUGGAAACACAAGCACAAUGAUUCCCAACAAAAUAAAUGAUGGCUUAUGGCACAAGAUAAAUGUAAUUCGAUCCAAACAAGAAGGUGUCUUUGUAGUAGAUGAUGCCAGAAACAGCACAACUAGCCCAAAGAAAGCAGAUAUUUUGGAUGUUGUGGGAAUGCUGUAUGUUGGAGGGUUGCCCAUUAAUUAUACAACAAAAAGAAUUGGUCCAGUUGUCUAUAGCAUUGAUGGCUGUGUCCGAAAUUUUCACAUGACAGAGUCCCCUGUUAACCUGAAUAACCCUACCUCUAGUUAUAAUGUUGGGAAAUGCUUUGCCAAUGCACAGGAAGGAACAUAUUUUGAUGGAACAGGGUUUGCCAAAACAGUUGGAGCAUACAAAGUGGGGACAGAUCUGCGAGUGGAAUUUGAGUUCCGUACAGCUCGAACAAAUGGUGUUCUGUUGGGAAUCAGCAGCCAAAAAAUGGAUGGACUUGGUAUUGAGCUGAUAGAUGAAAAAGUGAUGUUUCAUGUGGAUAAUGGUGCAGGUCGAUUCUCUGCCAUCUAUGAACCUGCUGUUGCAGGUAGCUUGUGUGAUGGAAACUGGCACAAAAUUAUUGCAAGCAAGCUAAAGCACCGUUUAGUACUGUCAGUGGAUGAAUACCAAGUAGAAGGUAUCAGUCCAAAUGCAGCCUCUACUUCAGCAGAAACUAAUGAUCCUGUCUUUGUUGGAGGAUAUCCUGAUGGUCUGAAUCAGUUUGGCCUGACCACCAACAUCCGUUUCAGAGGAUGCAUUCGAUCCUUGACCCUCAGGAAAGGGACUGCUAAGGCUCUAGAAAUUAACUUCAGCAAAGCCUUGGAGAUCAAGGGAGUUCAACCUCUAUCAUGCCCUGCAAAUUAACAGCACAUCAUCCAUCUCAGAUAUGGAUCUAACCAGUUAAAAAGGAGGAAAUAAAACACCCUCACCUGAUGUUUAAAGAAGUCUAUAUUUACCAUAUCUUCAUAAUAAAAGUUCCUUGUGCAAAAUUUUGAUUUCAGCCUGUGACAUAUUCAGAAUUGUGCUGUUUUAAGUGUGGGUUUAUAAACUUUUCCCCAUUGGAGUGAAUAACAUUUUUCUCAUUCUUAGUCUUUUCCAUCAGCUUGAAGUGAUUUAGCAUAUUUUUGAUGAAUGGAAUCAUACAGGCCUAAAUCUAUGCUUGUCAAAGUGUAAAACAGUCUUCUUCCAAGGCAGUUAUUCAGUUAGUAUGUUUGUCGAUCAAGACCAGCAGCUGUGUGUACAGCGGAUCCCACGUGCUGGUUGACAGUGAUGGAUCAUACUGGGGUACCAUGGCACUGUUAAUUUAAUUAAUUACAUUUAACUGGUUUUCCCUUCCAAAGCUCCUUACCCACCCACCCCCGGAAGACAUGCUCUGUCUGCUGGCCCACUGGUGCCAGUUGACCGAAGCACUGUGCCAGGCUGUGGGGCUCCUGCAGCAGCUGGCACUGACCUUGCCAGGCAAGGAGCAGGAAGGCCAGCUCUGCCCAUGCAUGCGGCCACAGCAGCCCCAAGGUGGCCAUGCCCAAUGCCAGCACCCUGCUGGCUGACACGGCUUGCUGACGCUACAGGAAGGAUGGCACUGGCUGUGACUGCUGGAGCUGGGUGAAGGCGGACCUGGGAAGGCACCACCGCUGGCCCCACCUCUGCCAGCCAGAGGAGGAGAGGGAGAGAAAGAGGAGAGGGCUCUCUCGGCCCUGCACAUUCCUUGCACCUGCAGUAGCUGGAGAGGCAUAGCACGGCUCCCGGCUCCUUCCUUCCUGGCUCCGCUGUGCUGUGGUCCAUGAGGGGUGCUGCAGAUUUGAUAGGGGGUAUCAACCCCCAGCGUCCCCUCCCCCUGCUGGCUAAGUGCCUGCUCCAUUAGUGAAUGAAGUUUCUUCUAAAAACAAACAAAAAAUUGUGGGGUCCUUUAGAAAAACAGUGUUGUCUAACUUCUAAAUCUUCGUGAUUUUCAAGUGCUCUGCCAGAGUUUCAUAUGCUCUGCUUGGUUUAAUAUAUGGAUUCCAUAAUGUGAAAAAGUCAACAUUUUCUUUGCAUGUGUGCUGGGAGGAGGGGGAGAAGGAAAGAAGAUGGUAAUGUUUACUGCCUAACCAGUUUGUACAAUGUUAUUACAAGAACAUAUUGGACUGAAAUCCUAAUAUAUCAUUUGA